ACACCAAUGGAGAUGCUUUGUGGGUUUGGUGUUACCCGUCCGUAACAGCCGAGCUGAGGAGCCUCUUGCUGAGGAAAUGCUGCCUUACCGAUGAAAAUAAGUUGCUUCAUACCUUCGUGUUUGGGCAGUACAGAGGGUCGUGGUUCUACAUCACAACCGUGGAGGUGCAAGAGCCUUCAGCCCUGAAAAAGGUGACCCACUUCUCUAUUAUUCUGACGGCCAAAGACUUCAAUCCAGAGAAAUAUGCAGCCUUUACUAGGAUACUGUGUAGAAUCUACAUGAAGCAUGGGAGCCCAGUUAAAAUGAUGGAGAGUUACAUUGCGGUCCUUACAAAGGGGGUCUGCCAAAGCGAAGAAAAUGGAUCUUUUCUCAGCAAAGAUUUUGACGCGCGGAAGGCUUACCUUGCUGGCUCCAUCAAAGAUAUAGUAUCUCAGUUUGGAAUGGAAACAGUUAUCCUUUAUACAGCACUGAUGUUAAAGAAACGAAUUGUAGUAUAUCAUCCUAGAGUAGAAGCAAUCCAGGAGUUUACCAGGACUCUACCUGCUUUAGUGUGGCAUCGACAAGACUGGUCAAUUCUUCAUUCAUAUGUACAUCUAAAUGAAGAGGAAAUAGAAGCCUUAAAAGACUGCACAGGUUACAUUGCUGGAUUUACAGAUUCUGAAGUGAGCAGUAGAUCAGACCUCUACGAUGUGUAUGUGAAUUUGGCAGACAGUGAGAUCAGUAUUUCCCCUGCAGUGAAAGAGGCAAUGACAAUGGGAAAACUUCACAAAGAGAUAGGACAACUAAUUGUUCAGUCUGCUGAAGAUCCAGAUAAAUCAGACAGCCAAGUCAUUAAGGAUAUUUCACUGAAGACAAAAGAAAUCUUGACUACUUUAGCAUCACUCACAGAAGUUUCUGAUGGCAAUGAUAAACCAACCCUUAACUCUGAGGCCCUGAAACAGAAACGAUUUCCACCAGCUACAGAAAACUUCCUUUUUCAUUUAGCAGCUGCUGAACAAAUGCUGAAAAUCUGAUUUUGAAGCACUUCAGUGUUAUGGACCAAUAUGAAAAUACUGUCUUUGCCAUAUAAAUCAGAAUAUCCAAACUUUAUAUGGAAAAAUUAAAGGACUUUUGUAACAAUCAGGAAGAAAAUACCACACGAUUAUGAGGUAAGGUCAGUCCAGGGUCUAUUCUGAAGUCUACUGAAACACAACUCAGUCAUUAAAAAGAACAUGCUUUGAAUCAGAUGUGUUAAUGCCACGUGGUUUCUGUGAAGAAACUCGUAGUUUCUUUUGAACAAAAAGCCGUAGGUAUCUAAUCAGGGAGCAGGGCUGUUAAAGACAGCCACAAAAAGCGGAGAAGCUCAGUUAUAAACUACACGUCCAAUAUUUAUUUUGCUUUCUGUUUUGGGAUCUUCUAAGUUGCAAAUCAUCUUGGUAUUGUGUUACAUCUUGUAUUCUAACAUUCAUGUGACAACAAAUGAACUACAAUUUUGCACUUAAGGAACUGCACUCAUAG